AUGUUUUUUUCUCAACUGGGGGUGGAUUUCCUGGAGGAUUUUCCGGCGGAAACAGCGGCCCUGUCGACACCAAACUUUAUGAAACUUUGGGUGUGUCAUCUUCAGCGACUGCUGACGAAAUUAAAGCGGUAGAAAUAUUAUUUCUAAUUGUUUUUAAUUGUCGGGUUUUUUUAGGCGUACAGACAGUUGGCGAAGCAAUAUCACCCGGACAAGAAUCCUAAUCAUGGAGAUAAAGUGAAUUUAGUACUUUAUGUAUGUUUUUUUAGUUCAAAGAAAUCAGUUAUGCGUACGAAAUUUUGUCAAAUCCUGAUCGACGGCGCCUUUACGACGCUCGAGGUUUAGAUGGAAUCCAAGAAGGUGGAAGCGGAGGUAAAUUUCAUUUUUAUUCCUUUGAUGGAAACAUUUUUUCAGGAGAAGAUUUCGAUUUGUUUUCUAACAUUUUUGGGGGAGAUGAUUCACCUUUCAGCUUUUUUGGAGGCGGUCACGGAGGCGGCGGCAGGUAAUCGUAUUUAAAAAAAUAAUGUAUUUAAAUAUUUUUUUACAGGCGGCGUAGAAAGUUCCAAGAUACUGUUCACCCUCUCACUGUUAACUUGGAAGACGUUUACAAUGGAAAGACUUCCAAAUUGAAGCUGUCGAAAAAAGUUUUGUGCUCUUCAUGCAAAGGGUUUGUUUUGUUUUUAUUUUUUAGUACGACUUUCAAUCAAUAAUUUUGAAGAUCUGGAGGCAAAGCUGGACAUGAGUACAAAUGCACAUCUUGCUCUGGUCAAGGCAUCAAAGUUGUGAAGCAGAGAAUGGGUGGCCAGAUUCAAAUUAUGCAAGUACGAUGCGACGUUUGCAGAGGCGCUGGUAAGAAUCGCCGUAACUUCUCACGUCAAUCAUGCUUUAAAGGUAGCAAGGUCCCGGAUAGCGAUUCGUGCAAAACAUGUAAGGGCGAAAAGCACACUCAGCAGCAAAAAAUCAUCGAAGUACACAUUCAACCAGGAAUGCAGCACAAUGAGAAGAUCGUUUUUAAGAGAGAAGGAGAUCAAGUUGAUGUAAGUUGAAUCAAUUAGUGUUUCGAUAUGAUCUUAUUGGAAGCCGUUGUUGUAAAAUAGAAGUUUUUUUUUCGGAAAAAAACAGUUACAAGUUCUCAAAAGCUUUGUUGAAUUAACGGUGAGAAUCUGUUUGAUUUUCGCAGAAAUGUAAAAACUCUUUAAUAGUAUUGUUUAUUCAGUUCUAUGAGAAAACCCCAAAAAAUUAUUUGUUUUUAUUCAGCCUGAUAUCGAUCCUGGAGAUGUUGUUAUUGUUCUGCAAGUUCGCGAUCAUGAGCUUUUUGAACGAAACGAUUCUGAUCUUCAUAUGAAAAAGUAACCUAUUUUCCAUCAAAUUUUCCUAUAUUCAAAUUUUUUCAGAGAAAUUUCUUUAAAUGAAGCGAUUUGCGGCUUCCAGUUCAUCGUUAAACAUUUAGAUGGGCGUACACUGAUCAUUCGCAACAAGCCUGGAGAGGUUGUGAAACCUAGUGAGUAUUGGUGUUUUUAUUACUCAAGUUUAUUCAAUAAAUUAUUAAAUAAAGAUUCCAUACGACGGGUCGUGGGACAAGGAAUGCCAGAACAUAAACACCGCGAGCUCCUUGGUGAUCUCUACAUCCAUUUCGAUGUCAAGUUUCCAGUUGACCACUUUUUGGAGGAAGAGCAGAAGUAUCAGGUAGUUGAAAUUUUUUUAUCUCAAAAUUUAUACAUCUUCUAACAACGUUUUUUUUAGAAAAUACUUUUUCGAAAAGUCUCAUAAUAUCUUAAAGAUGAUAAACUAAACGUUUUUGUGAUUCAAAAUAUUCAUUUUAAAAAUAAAAACUGAAAAAAAACUGGAGUGAGUGAAAAUUAGGUGAACAGUUAAGCGUAGCGUGUAUAAUAAAAAUAAUUAUGACAACUUUUACCGCGAUGCGAACAUUCAAACUUUCAAUUGUUGAAAUAAUGCCAUUUUCAGCUACUUCGAGCUUGUUUCCCAGCUGUGAAAGAGGUUCUUCAACCGCCUAAUUCCAUCGAGGUAAAUGAGUUUUUCGAAAUAUAAGUGUUGGGUUAAGGUGUCUUGCAUGGAUUAUGACGAGAAGAAGUACAGCAGAGGACGUGGGGGCGAAGCUUACCACGACGAAGAUUCUGAUAACGAAGGCGGAGGUCACGAGUUCCACGGCGGCCCUGGUGGCGGUGUCAGAUGCCAGCAACAAUAA